UAUACUGGACCCAGGCUGGUGUGGGAGGGGGUUUGUACAGAAUGGACCUGGCACACGCCGGACAAACCAACCUCACCAACUCCACCACGCAUCAGCGCAUUGCCGACCAGGACCAUCUACAGGCCGUCACCAUCAGUUACUCUUCCCUCCGCCUCUUCUUCCCCGACAGACAGAUGAACGUCAUGCUGUCAACGUUCAUCGACGGAAGUGACCAGGAGGACUUCCACGCAAACACGCAGAGCCCGCAACUCACCGACGUUAAGAGUUUGACGCACUUCGAGGAGAGUUUCUUCUGGACUCGUGGAGAUGACAGAGUUUACAAGGAGCAUCUGAACGAGGACACCGGACAGUUCUAUCACAACCAGUUCUCGUUUAACAUCGAGUUUUUUUUUGGACCGUUUGUUGGCCUGGAGAUGUACCACCCGUCCAUGCAGCCUGUACCUGUUCCUGCCAACCCUCCACAGGACCUGAGAGUGCUGUUUGGAGAGGACUCGGUGUUCCUGAGCUGGCUGGAACCUGAACAACUCAGCACCUUCGGUAAGGGAGCUUGGAAAGACUGGAGGUAUGAACUUGAAGUUCAGAACCUGGACAACCUUAGUGAGAACUCUACUUGUGUGUCUGACAUCACAGCGUACAACUACACACUGCAGCAGCUGGAGAAGGGAACACAGUACAGUUUCUCUGUCAGGGCGUAUUCAGGGGGAGGCCCAGGACCAUGGAGCGACAGUUUUGUGGGGAGAGUCUACUCACAGGAAGCAUUAGAGUAUCAUGGAUAG